AUGCUGUCGGACUUAGGCGCUGGGAUAAGCAAUGCACUGCAUGGAUUUUUUGGGUCCAAGGAAGGAGAGAAAGAAUUGAACGAUGCAAUAAAAAAAAUUACAACGUCAUUACUUGGGUCUAAUGUGAAUACGCGAGUUGUUCUAAAUGUAAGAAAGAGAAUUCUAGAACGGUUCAAGCCACAUGAGAUUCCGACAAAGUCAGCAAAAGAAAAGGCGCUUCAAAGAAUAGUAUUUGAAGAACUCUGUGCUAUAAUGGACUCUGGAAAAGAGCCAUUCAAGCCCAAAAAGAAAGAGGUCUCAACAGUUCUUUUUGUGGGGCUGCAAGGCAGUGGUAAGACAACAACGUGCUGUAAAUACGCAAAGUAUUAUAAGCAAAGGGGGUUCAAGGUGGGCAUAGUCUGCGCAGAUACGUUUAGAGCCGGCGCAUACGAGCAGGUCAAGCAGAAUGUGCAGGGCAUGAACAUCGAGGUGUUUAUAUCGGACAGCUCGGUAGAUCCUGCUGUUGUAGCUAAAACAGGAGCAAGCGCGCUGAAGGAGAGCGGAUGUAACUUGGUUCUAGUAGACACAAGUGGAAGGCAUACCCAAGAAGGCGAGCUGUUUAAGGAGAUGGAAGAGAUUGUUGAGGCAAUUAACCCAACAGCAACGAUAUUUGUAGUGGAUGCUUCAAUUGGGCAGACUGCAGAGACUCACGCAAGAAGUUUUAUGUCCCGAGUCAAGCUGGGGUCUGUGAUUAUUACAAAAACAGACGGAACCAAGAACAUCGGAGGAGCGCUGUGCAGUGUUGCAGAAACAAAGACUCCUGUGGCAUUUAUAGGUACUGGAGAGGGCAUGACUCAGAUUGAAUCUUUCAACCCAAAGGGGUUUGUUGGCCGGCUCAUGGGGCUAGGAGACAUUUCUAGCUUUGCAGAGAAGAUUGAAGGGCUUAAUAUUUCUCCAGAGAAGCAGGAGGAGCUUAUUGGGAAGAUCAAAGCUGGAGAGUUCAGUAUUGGAGACUUUUACGACCAGUACAAGAAAAUACUUGAGCUCGGCCCAAUUGGGCAGCUUCUUUCUCUGAUCCCAGGAAUGAACAGCUCAAUGUUCAAUGAAAAGGAGUUUAAAAAAAUGGGAGUUAUCUUUACUGCAAUGACAAAGAAAGAGCUUAAAACCAAUGGCGAGGUUUUUAUUAGAUCUUUGCCCAGACUCAUUAGAGUGGCAAAGGGGUGCGGUGCAACACCAACACAGGUGAGGGAUGCAAUAAACACUUAUAGAAUGAUGGCCCAGAUGUUCCAAAAGAUAUCUUCAAACCCAAUGUUUGCAGGCCUGCUGGGCGGGCAGAAUGGCGCAAUGGACAAGAAUAUAACGCCAGAUGCAGCACGGUCACAGAUUAACCAACUGAAAAAGAUGAUGCCACCAGGAUUUUCUUCAAUGUUUGACCAGUUUGACAAGUUUUUCUAGAAAUAACAAAUAAAUCAUAUUCCUUUCCCAUU